UUACAGAAGCUUUUAUUUUCAUUCUUCGCAUUACUUUACUAACAGCCAAAGCAUUCUACAGAACUAUUUUUCAGCUUCAAAGGAAGAGAGCAUUAAAAUCAGCCAAUCGUCGAACAUAAACAAACUAUUUUAAAAUUUCAGCGCAAAUUCAAUUAGAUCGAUUCUCUGCUUAUAAAUCACACUCUUCGUCUGUUUCCCUCUGAAAAAAAGUAUCAAACAUGGACGAACCAAUUCAAAAGAUGGAGAAGGACUGCGCGCCUAUUGUUGAUGCACAAAUGCCGGAAAUCGACGCAGCUGCCAAGGGAGGCGAUUUGACUAAAGCAUUGGAGCAACUUUUGGCUCUGGAAAAACAGACUCGCUCUGCUGCUGAUCUUGCCUCAAGCACCCGCGUGCUGAAGCGUUUUAUCCAGCUUACAUUUGAGGCACAUGACUGGAAGCAGAUGCAGGAAUAUAUUGUGCUCCUCUCCAAGAAGCAUGGUCAAUUGAAACACGCUAUCACUAAAAUGGUUCAAGAAGCCAUGGAAUGUCUCGAUAAAACCCCUGAUAUGAAGACUAAACUUGAGCUUAUCGACACUCUCAGGACGGUUACAGAUGGAAAGGUCUAUCUUGAAGUGGAACGUGCCCGUGUAACGCGCAUUCUAGCAAAGAUAAAAGAGAACGAAGGGAACAUGGCGGAGGCUGCUGAUAUCAUGCAAGACCUUCAGGUCGAGACUUUCGGAUCAAUGGAGAAGCGUGAAAAGACCGACUUUAUUUUGGAACAAAUGCGCCUUUGUCUUUUGAAGAGGGACUACAUCCGUGCCAAUAUUAUUAGCAAAAAGAUCAACAUCCGAUAUUUUAAAGAUGCAGAUGUUCAGGAUCUUAAAUUGCGCUUCUAUGAUCUAAUGAUUGAAUAUUCACUUCAUGAGAACGAGUAUCUGAAUGCGUGCAAGCAUUAUCGUCAAAUUUAUGAUACGCCUUGCAUUAAGGAAGACCCAGCCAAAGCCAAGAAAGCGAUCGAGAAUGCUGUCCUCUUUGUUAUCCUUGCCCCAUUUGAUAACGAACAAUCCGAUUUGAUCCAAAGAGUUUACCUGGAGGCUGAAGAAGUGGAGACAACGGUAUACAGGGAUUUGCUUAAAUGCUUCAUUACCGCAGAGCUGAUGCGCUGGCCCAUGAUUGAGCAAAUAUACGGAUCUACUUUGAGACAAAACCCCGUGCUUUCUGGUAGCGAUGAGGCAUCAAGGAAACGACUAAAGGAACUUCACAAUCGCGUGGUGGAGCAUAAUAUUCGAGUUAUUGCUAAAUAUUACACACGCAUCACAACUAAGCGUUUGACACAGCUACUUGACCUCCCAGACAAGGACUGCGAAGAAUUCCUGUCUAAGUUGGUUGUGUCCAAGACCAUCUAUGCCAAGAUUGAUCGCCCUGCGGGUAUAGUGUCGUUUGCAAAGACUAAGCAUCCUAAUGAGGUCCUGAACGAGUGGUCCCAGAACAUCAACUCUUUGUUGGGUCUAAUCGAAAAGACAUGCCACUUGAUUACAAAGGAGGAGAUCAUUCACAGCAUUACCAAGGUUAUCUAGAAAGUUGUGAUGUUCAAUUUGGCAGAAAAUGACUUGAACAAUAAAGUAUGAGUUUGAAUUUUUAUAAAUCCU